AUAGUAGCCAAACGCGCCUAAAGAAGUUUUUUAGGGUUUAAUGAAAGAAAAACCCAACGGAUUCUAGCUAGCUGGGGUUUAUACUUUCACAUUUUCACUCUGACUCUCUCUCUCUUUCUCUCAGUCCCAAGCCCACUAAACCCUAAACCCCUUUUUCCUUCUCUCUCAGAAAACCCAAGAAAAAUGGAGACCAGAUUAGCCAAUAUAUGGCGUUUAACAGUGAACGAGAAGAAAUUCAUCGAAACCGCAUUGCAAUCCGAUCUCCGAAUCGACGGUCGUCGUCCCUUCGAUUUUCGCAACAUUUCCAUCAAAUUCUCCAGAGAAGAGGGGUCUGCGGAGGUGCAGUUGGGUCAGACCCAUGUGAUGGCCUUUGUGACUGCCCAAUUGACGCAGCCCUACAAGGACAGGCCCAACGAGGGCACGCUUUCGAUGUUCACUGAGUUUUCGCCCAUGGCCGAUCCUUCGUUCGAGCCUGGCCGUCCUAGUGAGGCUGCUGUGGAGUUGGGACGCGUAAUUGACCGUGGUCUUAGGGAAAGCAGAGCUGUGGAUACAGAAUCACUGUGCGUUCUUUCUGGGAAGUCAGUAUGGGCAGUCCGCGUUGAUCUUCAUAUUCUUGAUAAUGGGGGAAACCUUGUUGAUGCUGCUAAUAUUGCUGCUUUGGCUGCUCUCUUGACAUUUCGGAGGCCAGAGUGUUCAUUAGGAGGAGAAGAUGGUCAGCAAGUGAUAGUGCACCCACCUGAGGUUCGGGAGCCACUUCCUUUGAUAAUACAUCACCUACCUAUAGCAGUAACCUUUGCCUUUUUCAGUAAUGAGAGCACUGUGGUCGUAGACCCAACCCACUAUGAAGAGGCUGUUAUGGGGGGACGAAUGACUGCCACACUUAAUGCAAAUAAUGAUAUUUGUGCUAUUCAAAAAGCUGGAGGUGAGGGUGUUUUGCAGAGUGUAAUUAUGCAAUGUUUGCGAAUUGCUGGUCAGAAGGCUUAUGAUAUCACUACCAAAAUAAAAAAUGCAGUUGAAUCAUACAACACAGAAAGAGCAUUACGGAAGAUAAAGCGCCACCCUUCUUCGGUUGCUUUGGACAUAAGUGGAGCUGGUGUUAAUAUAGGGAAGAACCAAAACAAACCUGUUCCCCAGAAGGGUGACAGUGAGAGAUCAAAUCUGACAUCUGAGAAGAGCGUGGCUGAUCAAAGUAUGGACAUAGAAGGUGAAGCCAAAUCAUCUGAACAACAGCAAACUAACAAAAUAGAUGGAGAUGCUAAGAACUUCGUUGGAGGCCCCUCAAGUUGGGACCCUUACUCUGCAGGCGUUAAUUCAGAUUUCCUGAAAGCCUCUCUAGCUUCACGUGGAACAACAAUGCCAAGUAGGAAAGAACAGGACUCAAGGGGAGAAAAUAUGUCAGGUGAAGCCAAGCCAGUGGAACCACCUGAAGAUAUUAAUGUAUCUUCCUCAAAUAUUGAGGCGUCAGAAACUGUGUUGCGGACAAAUGGAGAGAAAACUUUAAAGGAUGCUGUGAAGCCCAAGAACAAGAGAAAAAUGAAGUCGUCCUCCACUAGUGAGAGAUGAAAUUUUGCCGAUAGGAAUAUCUUCGUCUACCAUGUAUGUUGACGACCUAAUUCUUCAGACCAUCUUUUUAGUUUUGAAUGCAGACAGCUAAAUUUUGAAUUCCUCAUUAUCAUGUGAAAUUUUUUUCAUGUUUUAGUUUUGAAAUCUUGCCACAAUAUAGGGUAACAUUCAUGAAAUCCAUUAUGUUUAAAUGGUGGCUGACCUGAGUAGUUUUUGUACUUUUGAAGCGGUUGUGGUAGUAUUUUGUAGUAUGUAUAGAAAUCUCUCUUCAAGAUGUUGUAAACUUUCCAUAGUCUUCAUUGUAAUGAGAAUUGCAGAUUAGAAUCUGCCCUAUGCGAAUUCGUGAUCUUA